AGUACCUCCACCUGGCUACGCGCCCCGCUUAUCCGAGUCCAAAGUCCCCACAACCCCAGCUCUGCCGAAACUGGAGGCUCUGCAGCCGUGUCGGACAUCCAGAUCCCACUAUGCAGCGCCUGGCACCCUUCGUGCUCUGCCUGAGCCUCUGGGCUGGGCUUGGCAGCACCAUCAUCCCAGUGGAGGAGGAGAAGCCGUCCUUCUGGAACAAUCAGGCAGCCACGGCCAUCGAAGCUGCCUUGCAGCUCCAGCCCAAGCUGAGACAAGCCAAAAACCUCAUCCUCUUCCUUGGGGAUGGCUUCGGGAUCCCGACCAUCACAGCCACCCGGAUCCUAAAUGGGCAAAUGCAAGGGAAGCUGGGCCCUGAGACAUCACUCACCCUGGAUACUUUCCCCUACGUGGCUCUCUCCAAGACCUACAGCGUGGACCGGCAGGUGCCCGACAGCGCGAGCACGGCCACGGCGUACCUCUGCGGGGUGAAGGCCAACUACCAGACAGCGGGGCUGAGCGCGGCCGCCCGCUACUCGCAGUGCAACACCACGGCGGGCAACGAGGUGAUCUCGGGUGCCCAGUACGUAUGGAACAGGACGGAGAUGCUGGCAGUGGCCGCGGACCCCAACGUGAAUUAUUUGAUGGGGCUGUUCGAGCCCGGCGACCUGAAGUACAACAUGACGCAAAACACCACCACGGACCCCACGCUCAGCGAGAUGACGGAGGCGGCCAUCAAGGUCCUGAGCAGGAACCCCAACGGCUUCUACCUCUUCGUGGAAGAUAAGUCAGGGCCAGUGCCAGCAGGCGCCGACCACUCGCACGUCUUCUCCUUCGGCGGCUACACGCUGCGCGGCAGCUCCAUCUUCGGCAUAGCCCCCGGCAAAGCCUCUGACCUGAAGAAUUACACGUCCAUCCUCUACGGCAACGGGCCCGGCUACCUGGGGAGCUCCAACCGGGACGACGUGGACAGCAGCACGGCCGCCAAGCCCACCCCAAGCUUGCAGGUUUAA